AUGCGGAGGAGCGAGCGCAGGGGCGCCGGGGGGUCGCGGCCGGGGUCGCCCGCGGGCAAGGCCUGCCUGGAGGAGCCCGCCGGCCGAGCGCCGGGGCCGGGCCGCCGCAGCACCGAGUCCGAGGUCUACGACGACGGCACCAACACCUUCUUCUGGCGGGCACACACCCUCACCGUCCUCUUCAUCCUUACCUGUGCACUGGGCUACGUGACACUGCUGGAGGAGACGCCUCAGGACACGGCCUACAACACCAAGAGGGGUAUCGUUGCCAGCAUCUUGGUGUUUUUGUGCUUUGGAGUCACGCAAGCAAAGGACGGGCCAUUCUCCAGACCUCACCCAGCGUACUGGAGGUUCUGGUUGUGCGUGAGUGUGGUCUAUGAGCUGUUCCUGAUCUUCAUCCUCUUCCAGACUGCAUGGGCAGGUGUGGGUGGAAUCCUGGGUCCUGCUCAUGGAGGUGCUGCCUUGCAGACGGUCCAGGACGGCCGGCAGUUCCUAAAGUAUGUGGACCCCCGACUGGGGGUGCCACUGCCUGAGAGGGACUACGGGGGAAACUGCCUCAUCUAUGACCCGGGCAAUGAGACGGACCCCUUCCACAACAUCUGGGACAAGCUCGAUGGCUUUGUUCCUGCCCACUUCAUCGGCUGGUACCUGAAGACCCUGAUGAUCCGCGACUGGUGGAUGUGCAUGAUCGUGAGCGUCAUGUUCGAGUUCCUGGAGUACAGCCUGGAGCACCAGCUGCCCAACUUCAGCGAGUGCUGGUGGGACCACUGGAUCAUGGACGUGCUGGUGUGCAACGGACUGGGCAUCUACUGCGGCAUGAAGACACUCGAGUGGCUCUCCCUGAAGACAUACAAGUGGCAGGGUCUCUGGAACAUCCCCACCUACAGGGGCAAGAUGAAGAGGAUCGCCUUCCAGUUCACACCCUACAGCUGGGUGCGCUUCGAGUGGAGGCCAGCCUCGAGCCUGCGGCGCUGGCUGGCCGUGUGCGGCAUCAUCCUGGUGUUCCUGCUAGCCGAGCUCAACACCUUCUACCUCAAGUUUGUGCUGUGGAUGCCACCCGAGCACUACCUGGUACUGUUGCGCCUCGUCUUCCUGGUCAACGUAGGCGGAGUGGCCAUGCGGGAGAUCUACGACUUCAUGGAUGACCUGAAACCCCACAGGAAGCUGGGCCAGCAGGCCUGGCUGGUGGCGGCCAUCACAGUCACGGAGCUGCUGAUCGUGGUCAAGUACGACCCGCACACGCUGACGCUGUCGCUGCCUUUCUACAUCUCCCAGUGCUGGACACUCGGCUCUGUCCUGGUGCUCACCUGGACUGUCUGGCGCUUCUUCCUGCGGGACAUCACACUACGAUACAAGGAGACACGGAGGCAGAAGCAGCAGAGCGACUCAGAUGGCACCAGCCACAUGGACGCGUGUCUGGAGCCAGAAGACAACCUUCCUGGGACGGCCAGGGACCAGCAGCCUGAGCCUCGGGCAGAGCCACCCUCGGCCACCUCCUGACCCGUGGCCUCUACCGCUGGCACUCUGGUUCCUGGCAGACCCACCUCCUGUGCCCUCACUGAGCUGGAGGGGAACUCACGUGUGUGUCCGUGGCC